AUGGACGAGACAGAGUCUUGUAUUCUCGAGGUAGUUGAUUGGUGUCGUCCGUUCAUUGAAUUCUUCUCGUAUGGCACCCUUCCAGACGAUAAACAAACUGUUGCAAGGAUAAAGAGGAAGUCCGAACGAUUCAUGCUUAGGAAGGGUGAUCUGUUUCGCCGUACCCUCAAUGGUACGUAUUUCCGAUGUUUAUCUCACAGCGACGCCAUGGAAGCUCUCAAGAAGGCUCACCAAUUGGAGCAUCAGGGCUUGCGCAAGUCCUUUGUGCACUUGUUAAAAAAGGGAGUUUAUUGGCCCACUAUGGAGCGUAAUGCCAAGUCUCAUGUACGAAAGUGCAGGCCUUGCCAACAUCACCACCAUCAGAUUCAUACUUUAGCUACGCCCCUCCACCCCAUUGAAGUCCCUUGGCCAUUUCACACAUGGGGACUAGAUCUUAUUGGGCCAAUCCAUCCACCGGUGCAAGGUUAUAUGUGGAUCCUCGUUGUAACAGAAUUCUUUACUAAGUAG